AUGAAACUCGUCAACAAGUGGAUCGAUAAAGAUGGCGCGGGAUACGUGACGCUGAGACCAGAAGAUGAUGAGGAUAUGUGGCACAUCUACAACCUCGUCCAAGAGGGGGAUGAUGUCCGUGCAUCCGCUGUUCGUCGGGUUCAAUCGACUUCAGCCACUGGUUCUGUUGAAUCGCAUCGAAUGAAGAUGAUGUUAACGCUAGAAGUGACGAAAGUUACGUUUUCGCCUGCCACCUCCGCCCCUACAACGAGUGCGUCCUCUACCGCCGCAGCUGCGGCGUCAUCGGGCUCAGCUGCCGAGCCAACUGCUUCCCUGCAUCUUUCCGGAAGAGUGUCUGCUGAAAAUAAGUAUGUCAAGAUGGGGUCGUUCCACACUCUAGAUCUUGAGGCAAAUCGCGACGUCCGUAUUGCGAAACAAGAAUGGGACUCGAUAUCAUUGAAUCGAGUGGAAGAGGCUUGUGUGGAAGGCAGAGGGGCAGAGGUGGGGCUAUCGUUUGUGGCGAGGGUAGCUCGACUCGGUACCGCCGCCAUUUGCUUGCUAUCGGAACAUUUGACAACAGUUCGACAACGCAUCGAGGUCCCGGUCCCUCGGAAGCGCAUAGGGUCAGCCACGUUGCACGAGAAGGGCAUGGCAAGGUUCCUCAGCACAGUUUACUCAGCACUUCUCCGUCACAUUCCAUACAACACCCUGAAAGUUAUUGUCUUGGCAAGCCCUGGGUUCACAAAGGAUACUCUCUACGAUUACAUAUUCGCAGAGGCGACGCGCACGGCGAACAAGCAAUUGUUAUCGGCGAAGAACAAGUUUGUUCGAAUCCACGUCAGCAACCCUCAUGUUCACAGUCUUGUCGAAGUUCUGAAAAGCCCGGAGAUUACAACUCAGCUCAAAGAAACAAAAUUCGCCAGGGAAGGGAUCAUGCUGGACAGAUUUUUCAAGAUGCUUGAGAGAGACGAGCUACGGGCGUGGUAUGGGCCCAAUCAUGUGUCACUUGCAACUGACCGCGGCGCAGUUGGAACCCUCCUCAUAUCAGAUAACUUAUUUAGAGCGAGCGAUCCAAAACAGCGCAAGCGAUUUGUGGAGAUGGUGGAAGCUGUCCGAGAGAAGGGAGGUGAAGUCCUGAUUUUCUCAAGCAUGCAUGAGUCCGGGGAACAAUUAAAUCAAUUAUCUGGGAUUGCGGCCAUUUUGACGUUCCCCCUAGACGUUGAAAUCGUGGAGGAAGAAGAAAGAAUAGCCAAGGAGGAAGCAGAGAAAGAAAAUGCGGAAAGGAUGCUCCCCAAUGAUGCCUAA